AUGCUGGAGAACUAUGGGAACGUGGUCUCUGUGGGAGAAGCCUCUCUUCAGAAUAAAGACAACUUUUCAGAGACAGAGGUGGCCCAAGAGAAGGGGAAGGAGAUGGAAGAGCAGGACUCAGAAGGACCUGGAACUGAGAAGAGAGCAAGCAAAAGUCUACAUCCCACCCCAGCUGGGAGUGGUGUUGAAUUCUGGGAAAGGGCUGUGCCAGAGGUCCUGGCUAAGAACACCCUGACCUCAGAAGUAUGUUGCCAAUGUUUCCGGCAGUUCCGCUACCAUGAGGCCGAUGGGCCCCGAGAGGUUUGCAGCCAGCUCCAUCGACUAUGCAGCCAGUGGCUGAAGCCAGAGAGGCACACCAAGAAGCAGAUCCUGGACCUGGUGAUCCUGGAGCAGUUCCUGACUCUCCUGCCCCAGGAAAUGCAGGGCUGGGUCAGAGGAUGUGGGCCGGAGACCAGUUCCCAGGCGGUGGCCCUUGCCGAAGGUUUCCUCCUGAGUCAGGCAGAGGAGAAGAGGCAGGCAGAACAGAUGCGGGGACCACCUUUGGAGAUGGAAGCUGCAAUCCCUGAGGCAGAAGGGGCUUCCUUGGAGCAGGGGCAGAGGGUGCAGGCGGUGGAGCGUGCCCAAGAUGCCCUCUCCUAUGGUAAGGAUUCCUUGUGCCUGGAGAGCAUGUGA